GUCGCCCUCAGUUCCUAGUGCCAGCGGAGUGAAGAUGGAGCCGAGGAUGCUGCGGAGGAAGUCGUGGAUGCAGCAGCCGGGGAUCCCCUGGACCAUCGAACCCAUCCCCGAGGCCCCGAGGGAUCCGAUGUUGGUGCAUCCCCUGAAGAAACCGAAGGCGAUCGACGUCUUCGACAAGGCGCUGGAGACAUUCUGCGACUGGCACGACAUGCACGGUCUGUACUUCCUGAGGAACAGGAAGAACCUGGGAAUCGUAAAAUGGCUCAUCUGGGUGGUGGUCGAGUGCAGCGUCAUCUCGUGGGCCCUAUACCUGUGCUACUCGCCCUUCACGAACCUGAUCAACGGGAAGCAUACGGUCUCGAUGGACAUGGAUGGCGCUCUGUUGAAGAGGAGGCUCCUGCCGGACAUCACCAUCUGCCCGACGAAUCCUCUGCGGGAAGAUGCUGCUCAAGCUUUGGGAGUGUCGCAAGAGAUCCUGGCCUACUCGAUGGGCGCUCUGAACCGAGGCGACUCCCUGUCCCAAAAAAUCCGAACCGACGAAGUUCGCCGGGAUCGGCUGAAAGCGGAACUCAACGACAUCCUCGAACACAACCAGACCACGAUACCGCACUUGCUCGCUGCAGCGUCGCUCAGGUGUGAGGACAUGGUGAUAUCGUGCGAGCUGGGAGGGGAUUCGCGGAUCCUUGAAGCGGAGCAGUGCUGCGCGGAGAUCUUCCAAUCUCGACCGCUGACCUCGAUGGGCCCCUGCAUCUCCACCCACGGAUUCAGCCGCAUUCAGAACUAUCCCGGCUCUUCCAUGGGACUCAGCGUCAUGCUCCGGGUCUUCAGCUCUUCCUGGCUAAACAGGAGCGUCCUGUCAGAUGUGGCCCAAGCAGACGGAUACAAGGUCAUCCUGACGGCCAACUACGAGUCCCCGUCUCUCGCCGCCAAGAUGAGGGCGCAUUCCAUCAAUCCGAGCAGGAAGACUCUUCUCGGUCUCCAAGCCGUCAGGAAUUUCCGUUCUCCCUUGGGGCACCCGACCCACCAGGUGGAACAUUCGGGGAUGAACGUCUACCCGGUGAGGUCGAACUCGUGCGGCGACGUGGACGUGACGACGGCUCCGACCAAAUCCGUUCACGACCUCGUGGACCAUUUUCCCUAUUCCUGGAACUGCGUGGAGAGGAUCUUCCGGGAAGCGACCAUCAACUCGUCGUGCAAGUGCUUCCCUGCCGAUACCCUUUCGUCCGCAGAGCUGCAGAACGUGACUCUCUCCGUGUGCAGACCCGAGACCUACAUGUGGUGCAUGAGACAGGAAUUGGCGAGCGACACGUAUACGGAACGCAUCUAUGACAGGGCCGGUAGG